ACUGAGAAUCACUCGUAAACCGGUCGGGAACACGAAGGAGAUCCAUUUUACUCAACACCAGUGAGUCGAUAGGUAGCUUACGUUCUCAGGCAAAUUUAUAGAUUUAUUUCUUAGCAGAACCAUGUCUACGGAUGUACGAGGAAUUAUAUUGUCCGGAACUGAACUGAGCAAAGAAAUCCGGGAGGACCUGACUAGAGAUGUGAGAGCAUUAAAAGAAAAAUUACCCAACUUUUCACCAGGCCUGGCUAUCGUCCAGGUAGGUGCGCGGGAAGAUUCGAAUGUCUACAUAAAGAUGAAAAUCAACGCGGCGCGCGACAUAGGAAUCGACGUGCAACGUUGGCAGCUUCCUAACACCACGACGGAAGUGGAGCUCAUCAGCAAAGUUAGCAAACUGAAUAAUGAUCCGAACGUUCACGGGAUUAUAGUGCAAAUGCCGCUCGACAGUGUCAAUAAAAUCAAUUCUCAUCUGAUCACGGAUCUAGUAUCGCCGGAAAAAGAUGUCGAUGGGCUAAAUACCAUUAAUGAAGGUCGAGUUGCAAUCGGCGACAUGUCUGGAUUUGUACCGUGCACACCAAACGGUUGUAUCGCAUUGAUUAAAAGGAGCGGAGUUCCUAUUGCCGGCGCCCAAGCCGUUGUUUUAGGUAGGAGCAAGAUUGUCGGCACUCCCAUUGCUGAAUUAUUAAAGUGGCACAAUGCCACUGUAACAGUUUGUCAUUCGAAAACAAAGGAUCUUCCUGCUGUCGUACGUCAAGCUGAUAUUCUAGUGGUGGGCAUAGGACAACCUGAAUUUGUUAAAGCUAAUUGGAUCAAGCCAGGUGCCGUUGUCAUUGAUUGCGGCAUCAAUCCCAUAGCGGAUCCCACGAAGAAGAGCGGGCAACGUUUAGUGGGCGACGUAGCGUAUCAGGAAGCUGCCAAGGUAGCUUCGUACAUCACACCGGUACCAGGCGGCGUUGGGCCGAUGACAGUAGCGAUGUUGAUGAAAAAUACUGUGAUAUCGGCACAAAGGGCGGCGGAAAAGCUGCUCAACACCCAGUGGAAUUUACGGAUUCUUAAACUGAAUCCCGUGAAACCUGUACCGAGCGACAUUGAUAUCUCUAGAAGUCAAGAGCCGAAACCGAUCACUCUACUGGCCGACGAAAUCGGACUGACGCCAAACGAAGUUAGUCCUUACGGCAGCAAAAAAGCCAAGGUCAGUCUCAGCGUGUUGCAACGAUUGCAGGACCAGAAAAAUGGAAAGUUCGUUGUGGUGGCAGGCAUCACGCCAACACCAUUCGGCGAAGGAAAAAGCACGACCUCCCUCGGGUUGGUGCAGGCAUUAACGGCACACAGAGGGAAAAAUUCUUUCGCUACCCUUAGACAACCUAGUCAGGGACCUACGUUCGGUGUUAAGGGCGGAGCUGCUGGAGGAGGGUACUCACAGGUGAUUCCUAUGGAAGAAUUCAAUCUUCAUUUGACCGGUGAUAUUCACGCUGUUACCGCCGCGAACAAUCUCCUGGCGGCACAGAUUGAUGCGCGAUACUUCCACGAAUCAACGCAAAGCGACAAAGCCCUUUACGAUCGAUUAGUGCCAAGCGUUAAAGGCGUUAGGCAGUUCUCGAAAAUACAGUUGAGACGACUGCAGAAGCUCGGCAUCACGAAAACUGACCCGAACACGUUGACGGAAGAGGAGCAACGUCGGUUUGCGAGGCUGGACAUCGACAGCAUUACGUGGACUCGAGUGAUGGAUAUUAACGACCGAUUCUUGCGGAAGAUCACCAUUGGACAGAGCCCAACCGAGAAGGGCAAGACGAGAGAAACUUCCUUCUGUAUUUCCGUUGGAUCUGAGAUAAUGGCAAUCUUGGCACUAUCGACAAGUGUCGAGGAUAUGAAAAAGCGCCUUGGCGACAUCGUUGUCGGAUUUAGCAAGAGCGGCGAACCCUUAACUGCUGAAGAUUUCGGCAUGACGGGAGCAAUGGCAAUUCUGCUGAAAGAUGCUAUAGAACCGACAUUGAUGCAAUCAUUGGAAGGUACACCAGUAAUGGUACACGCUGGGCCGUUCGCCAAUAUAGCUCACGGUUGUUCAUCCAUUAUCGCCGACGCCGUUGCCCUAAAACUGGUCGGACCGCAAGGCAUCGUAGUAACGGAGGCUGGCUUCGGAUCGGAUAUCGGCAUGCAAAAGUUCUUUGACAUCAAGUGCCGCACCUCGGGGCACGUGCCGAACGCCGUCGUACUUGUCGCGACUAUCCGCGCGCUGAAGAUGCAUGGCGGCGGGCCGGCAGUGAUAACCGGAGCACCCUUGAAAAGAGAGUACCUCGAAGAGAAUGUCGAACUUGUUAGAAAGGGUCUACCGAAUCUGCAAAAGCACAUCAGCAAUGGCCUCAAGUACGGCGUGCCCGUAAUCGUCGCCAUCAAUUCUCACAGCACCGAUACUCAAGCGGAGCUGGAGCUAGUCAGACAGGCAGCAUUGAAGAGCGGUGCAGCUGAUGCGGUGAUAUGCACUCAUUGGGCCGAGGGUGGUGCUGGUGCUACAGCACUUGCGGACGCAGUGAUAGCCGCUACUGAGAAACCUAGUAAUUUCAAGAUGUUGUACGAUCUCGAGGACAGCAUCGAGGAGAAAAUUAACAAGGUCGCCAGAGAAAUGUACGGUGCCGGUCAAGUUAUCCUUGCGGAAAAGGUGCAGAAAAAGAUCGAAAAGUACAACAAAUUAGGAUACAACAGACUCCCAAUAUGUAUGGCAAAAACGUCCAAUUCAAUAACCGGAGAUCCGUCUGUCAAAGGCGCACCGGUCGGUUUUACCCUCGAUAUUACAGAUAUAUUCGUCUCGGUCGGCGCCGGAUUCGUCGUUCCCAUGGUAGGCGAGAUUAUGAUGAUGCCCGGUCUCUCAACUAGACCGAGUAUCUACGACAUGGACUGGAAUAGCGAAACGGACGAGAUAGAGGGUUUGUUUUAAUUGCGAUGGUUAUUUAUCAGCGGAAAAGAUAUCUUUGCCUGAAACGCGUCAAAUACUAUAUAUAUUAUAAUAAACAGUUCUUUGCUCGAG